AUGUUGAAGGGUUCUGUGGGAUUGGAGGAGAGUUCAUGCCCCGGCCCAGCAAACUCACAGCAGCCUGGAACUCGACACAGUUUCGUACAGGAGCACUUCCAAGCUCAGUACAGGUCAUCAUUGACGUGCCCUCAUUGCCUUAAACAGAGCAACACCUUUGACCCUUUCCUGUGUAUUUCACUUCCAAUCCCACUGCGACAGACCAGGGCCCUGAAUGUGAUUCUGGUGUUCAACACUGAAGGUCAGCGGUUUCUGAGAGUAGGGUUGGCCGUGCCUCUGUUUGGGUCUAUCUCAACACUCAGGGCCAUGGUAGCAGAGGAGGGCAAGAUCCCUCCAGACCAGGUGAUUUUGACAGAGAUGAGCUCAAAUGGGUUCCAGCGCUCUUUCUCUGAUGAAGAUGAUAUGACGAGUAUCUCAGAGAGUGAUGUCAUCUACGCCUUCCAGGCUCCACCACUCUCCACCAGAGGAGGCUCCAUGCGAUUCUCAGGUACCCACUCAGUGUUUCUGACCUUUCAAAAUCCUUUGGGUACCAUUUCAGUUUUCCUUCAAACUGUGCAAAAAUCUAUUUAAACUGAGCACUGCAACUUAUCUGUUUCAUUGAUUGCAUUUUAGUGUUAUUAUGAGUGAGCUGUGAUAGAUUCAUACUUGAUUUUAAUUGCCUUAUUUAAGUCACAGCACGUUCCAGAUUAUCAAAAAGAA